GAUGUUUGCAUUAUACAAUUAUUUCUGAAUUGUCUAAGGAGUGUUAGAUCAUUAUGACAUUGCAUAUCUGACUGUAUAUAAGGUUCCCUCAUACAGCUAUGAGCAGAAUGAAGCAUGGAUCUGUAAAAGAGGUGUUCAGAGGCCUUCUCCAAACCUAAUAGCCCUUCAAGCCAUGGACCUUUUGUUGUUAUUGUUGUUGUUGUUUCUGAUUUUAAAGGUUUAACACAAUAUACUGCAUUUAGGGCACAUUUUAAAUUAUUUUAAAUGUUUUCCAACAGUGUAACACAAGAUUGUACAAAAAAGGAAUAGUAGAUUGACUGUGUUGUCAUUGUUUAAUCAGGAGUCAGAUUUUGAAAAGCAAUGCAUAACAUCUCCUCUCUCAACUUUCUCACUAUCACAGCUCUGAAUGAGUGGGACUGGACCAGCAGGAUCAUAUUUUUUUCAUUUGCUCUUCCAGUUUACCUUCUGACUAUUGUUCUGAAUGCUGCCUUGAUUAUGAUCAUUGCUUUUGAGAAAGCCCUGCAUGAACCCAUGUACAUUUUAUUGUGUAAUCUGUGUGUUAAUGAUCUGUGUGGAACUACAGGGUUUUAUCCCAGGGCUUUGGUAUAUUUACUCACAGAAACUAACAGGAUUUCAAUUGAGGAAUGUGUUGUACAAUGUCUUGCUAUUGUGAUGUAUACAACUGGUGAAUUCACCAAUUUAAGUGUCAUGGCUAUUGAUAGGUACAUAGCAAUCUGUCAACCUUUACGUUAUCACACCAUUAUGUCACCUUUCACUGUGAGGAGCCUGGUGACUUUUAUUUGGAUAUUUCCAUUUCUAAUAGGUGUAAUGGCAAUUUCAAUGGCUCUGAAAUACCCUCUUUGCAGACAUGACAUGCAUAGACUAUUCUGUGAGCAUCUUUCCCUGAUGAAUCUUGCAUGCAAACAAGACAUUUUUCAAGGCAUCAUUAAUGGAUUUAUCUAUAUCAGCAAGGCUGUAUUUUUUGUUUUUGUUCUGAUUUCCUAUUUAAAAAUAAUUUUAGCUUGUAGAAAAUCUAAAGUUAAUCAAGAGAAGUUCUACAGCACAUGUGUGCCACACCUUAUUUCCUUUAUGAUUACAACAUGUGGUCUUUCCGAUUCUCUUCUCACAAGAUUUAAAGCAGAAACAGUGUCUGAUAUAGCAUCUACAUUUUUGUCUGUUAUCAUCCUGACUGUUCCCCCUGUUGUCAAUCCUGUAAUAUAUGGUAUAAAAUUAGGUCCAAUUAGGGCAAAAAUAUUGUAUAUUUUCAAAAGUCAAAGGAUUAAUAACUUUUAGUAUUCACUGUUAUAAAUAUUGUUGCCUGCAUCUUGUGUCAUGAUGCAUCACAGUGAUGAUACUUUAA